CUGCCCGCACACCCGACGCACACGCCUACCGAAUGCCGAUAAGGCACCGCAGCAGUAGAUCCGAAUAGAUCCGUGCUGUUGGAUCGCCGCUUUGUUUUGUCACAUGUUCUACGCGCAAGGAAAAUGAGCAUUCUGCGAAAGAGAUUGAACGAGUUCGACGAUGUUCUCAACGCAGACGAGAUAGAUGUGGCCAGCCUCGGCAAAAUAUGCUUCCACGGCAUACCUGAUGAGCCUGGUGGCCUAAGGCCACUGUGCUGGAAGUUAUUGCUCAACUACUUGCCACCGAAGAGGCCCAGUUGGCUGGAGACCCUGAAGCGGAAGAGAGAAUUAUAUAAUACUUUUAUUGAAGAUCUUAUUGUUAUGCCCGGAGAAUCUGAUAGCACGGAUGAUAGAGAACGAGUCGACGUAACGUUACACGAUCAUCCUCUCAACUUAAAUCCAGACAGUAAAUGGCAAACGUACUUUAAGGAUAAUGAGGUUCUACUGCAGAUUGAUAAGGAUGUUAGACGACUCUGUCCAGACAUAUCAUUUUUUCAACAAGGCACUGAUUAUCCAUGUCAAAAAAUAGUGAACGCCAGUGGUCAGCAACGGUUGCACAACCGAGUUCAGCACACCGUGUUGAAGAGCGCGAAUGUCGAGAGGAAGGGAUUGGGAGUGACGAAGCAGCAGAUAGCAGUCUCCGUCCGGAAGGCUACGGAGGAUUACGCGCCGCUGACCGAGGGCGGCGAGGCGCACUGGGAGGUAUUAGAGAGAAUACUGUUUUUAUACGCCAAAUUAAAUCCCGGCCAGGGCUACGUGCAGGGCAUGAACGAAAUAGUUGGACCGAUAUAUCACGCGUUCGCCUGCGACCCGGAUCCCACAUGGAGAAAACACGCCGAAGCGGACACCUUCUUCUGCUUUACUAAUUUGAUGGCCGAGAUACGCGAUUUCUUCAUAAAGACGCUGGACGAGGCUGAAUUUGGUAUUAAUUCGAUGAUGAGCAAAUUGACCAAUCAGGUCCGAGCCAACGAUCCUGAGAUUUGGUUGCGUUUACACCAGCAAGAAUUGUGCCCGCAAUAUUACAGCUUCAGAUGGUUGACGCUUCUGCUUUCGCAAGAGUUUCCUCUGCCGGAUGUUAUGAGGAUAUGGGAUUCCUUGUUUGCCGACGAGAACAGAUUCAGUUUCCUCAUACAUAUCUGCUGUGCCAUGAUCCUAUUACUGAGGGAUCAGUUGCUAACUGGAGACUUUGCCACGAAUGUCAAACUCUUACAGAAUUUUCCAUCGAUGGAUAUCCAAAUUGUACUCUCUAAAGCCGCUACCCUCGCAGGCAAGACCUUAUAGUCUCGUCGAUGACAGUCAAUUAAACACAGUAAAUGACAAAUAAUCCGUUAAUGACAGCAAAGCACAUGGCUGAUGUGUCAUGAUUCCUCGAUACAUUAAAUAUCGCGAUCUUCCCUUUCCGCGCGAUAUAUAUAUAUAUAGCGCGGUGUAUAUAGUUUUAUGUACACUAUGAAUGCGAAUUUGCGCGGGGAGAGGUGCAAUAAGAUAUAUCAAUCACAGCAUAAUAUCAUCAUGUAGAUACCAAGAGUUCGGUAGUACAGAUAAAAUUAGCAUUUAUGUUAUGUCGAAGCAGCUGUACAUAUACGACGUACGUAAUCGGCUCAUACUCGCCAGUAAAUAUCGAGAUCUGUACACACAACAUUUUGACCGGUGUCAAAUUUUUUGAUACAUUUAGUAUGUGAGGUCUGUACAUAAUGUUACAUCACGGAGGAUGGCGUGGCUGAAAAUUUCGAAAGCAUAAAAAUGUAUACGACAGUGAUUUCGUAAGCGGCGAAUAACGAUAAGGUGAUAACGAGGUGAUAAGGGGGGGGGGGGAGAGAAUAUGAGCCAAGCUUUUCCGAUUCGACAUGAAUUUUGCAAUAAUUGCAAUUACAUAGAUUAGCAUUAUCUCUAAGCGCCA